AUGUCAACAAUCGGCACAACAACAACAAUUCAAACAACAGCACCAAACUCUUUAGUCAUGAAUCCAACAUCUAUGUUGGUAGAAAUGAAAAGCUUCACUUCGUCUUCAUAUACUUUUGAAACAGAAAUCCAGAAGAUAAAGCAGGAACUUUUAACAAGUAAUUUAGACUGUAGUGCGAAAGAUGAAGAAAAUGAAGAAUAUCUUUAUGAAAUGCAGGACAUUAUUGACCAUUUGCCUAAACUACCUGAAAUCCAACAACAAAAACUCACUAUUCCUGAAUUCGAUGAAAUUGAAGUCAAAGCAACUGACUCAGUAGAAAUAAAGAAGUUCAUACGAAAGGUAAACUAUGAGUUUCUAGGAUUUCAUUGCAACCAUAAGGUUAUGGACAAAGAUUGCGACAUGGUAUAUAAGAACAUCUCUGACAUAUAUAAAUCUGAAGAAUUUAAGACAUACGACAACUUUGUUUCGUUAGUUGCUGAAUGUGUAUGGCAGAUAAGAGAUAAAGAUAGAAGAGGCAAAGUAUGGAACAAACAAAUAAGACCAGCAACUUUUGAGUUAAAGAAAACCAUUGACGCCUUAGUUGUUCUAGCAGGUAA